CUGCUGGAUGGUUGCUAUAGAACCAACAGAUCGUUACAAAACGGUUUGUAACGACGGAAUACCAACAUCCUGGGGAAAAGCAGUCCCACACUAGGUUAGUGUUAGUGCCGCUAUCGCUUUCUCUCUCUCUCUCGCUCUUUUUCACUCUUUCUUUCUCCCUCUAGCUUGUUGCUUUCCCCCCUCUCUCUCCAUCUUGUUUCUUCCCCCCUCUCCCCAUCUCUCUCACUCUGUCAUUUCUCCGCCUUUCUCUUUUUCUCUCUCCGCUCCCGCCCCCUCUAUCCAUCUCUCUCUCUCUUGUUCCCCACCGUACUGCUCCGCUUGCGCCAAGCGAGUCUCUUUCGCUCUUUCUUUCUCUCUCUAGCCUGUUUCUUUCCCCCCUCUCUCCCCCUCUUUACAUCUCUCUCUGUCGUUUAUCUCCCCCUCUCUCUCCCUCUCUCAUUUCUUUACCCUUUCUCUCUCUCCCUCUCUCUCUCUCUCCAUCUCUCUCUUGUUUCCCACCGUCCUGCUCCGCUUGCGCAAAGCGAAAGUAGCAGCGGAAAGUCUCAGGCAGCUCCUGCUCUGUUCACGCUUCACUUCACAACGUGUCAGCAACGGAGAGGGGAGGGAGGCGACGAGAGAGAGAGUGAGGGGGCGAGGGAAACCCGAACCCAUGACUUCCGCGUAUUUUCCUCUCUCUGGUCUCGCAUCUCAAACCACCCUGAGUGGUAUAAAAAGACCUGGGUUAUGCUGCUUCAUUUCAAACUCAGAGCAGGAACUUAAUGCCCUCUAUGCAGCCCAAUCCAGUUCGAUUUGGAUAUUCAAGAAUUUACCGGUAAACCGAAGUCAUAACGUGGUUAGCCAACGUCCGAAGAAGGAUUUUACAUUUUUUGGGGUCCUCUUGUUUUCUUGCAGUGGAUAGUUAUUCUGACCGACUCGUAAAACGGAUAAUUCUGUAGAGCUUCUGGGAUCGACACACUCCAGUUUUCUUCUGGAACUCUGUGUGAUCACCGGGAACCCGAGAUGGAUGUGGAAUCUCAGAAGAGCGCACGCCCCCGUGGACGGUGCCUGGACGUUUUCUUGGUCGGUUCUGUCGUUUUGCUCUUCCUGACGGUGGCGACAGUUGUUGUCAUGGGAACUUUGGCUCUUGUGGAGCUACGGUCAGAGAUCGGGGUUAAACCUUAUAUUGUGGAUAUGCAAGGUACAUCGGAGACGCACCAUGGCGUGCCCCGUUCCACGCCCGCGUACAAGAUGCAGAACUUGGCCUACGUGCAACUCACCUCCGCCACGAUGGAGAACAGGACAAUGUCCUGGUCCCAGGUCGAACAUGGACUGGAGUCCUCUGUUGGAGAUCUGUACAAAUACAACCUUCAGCAACAUACAUUACAAACCAAGCAGGAUGGCUUCUACUUCCUGUACCUGGACCUUCAGCUCACCUGUACCGCCAAAUGUGGGCGGGGCAUCCUCGUCGUCCAGCUUGCAAGUCACGGUGACGAAAAGCUCACCUGCCAGGUGGAGCUCCCAGAGUGGUCAGAGUCAAACCCUGUGACAACGGUAACCAGGAAGUGCUGGAAGGUGACACGACUGGACUCAAAGAGCCGGUUAAUGGGCCGUAUGGUGGUGCCGAAAGCGCAGGACACGUUCUGGAAACUGGACGGGAACGGAUCCGGAAUGGGAGUUUUCUUAGUGGCUUAAUAUGGGCCACGUUCAGUACGUUCACCUUUGUGAAACUUUGCAGAUAGAGAUGCCGUGAACAGAGCCGACGUUAUUCCUCCGUUAAGAUGUCGCGGAGGCAUAAAGUUCUACAUUGCUACUAUCUGAACAUUCCCGAAACGUUGCGUCCUACUGAACGCACCCCUGGGAUGGAAGUUAGGGCUCCGCCACAGACGAAGGGAAGGAGACGAGAAAAGGAAGCGAGCCAAGGGUACUGAGAUGCACCCCAUCUAGGAGAACUUGCAGACAGAGAGAGUCGUCCCACCAUGCACUGUUUGUGGACUUUGACCUCUGUCGCUCAGGGCAUCUCCAUGAAAACAAUUUAAACUAAACAAUUCAGGUCUAUUUAUAUGGAUAUUUAUUGAAUGUAUAUAUAUUUAAUGUAUAAACAUGUGUAUUUAUAUAUUUGUACUCAGGGUUACAAUGUGUUGUUUAUUGUCAUGUGUAGAUGCCACUACGUUGGUGCUGGUGUGUUUGAGGGGAGAAUUGUGAAGUGGGGGGGGGGGCAGACAUGUGCCAUACACAUGAUAUACCGUGUAUAUACAUGGAUACAUGAUAUCAUUGAUUUGAUAAGCCUUAUUACCGUUGCUUGGCAACCACAGUGACCUCAGAGUCUUCAGGGUUGUGUUCUGUUCUGGAACAACAACAAAAUGGACUCUUAUUUCCGUAAAGGGAGAAACUCAGCGAUACGUCAUAGGUGCAGAAUGUUUUCAGCCUGGUGGGUUCUCCGCUGUUCCCGUGGCAACCACAUUGUGACCGCAGCGUGAAGCCAACCCGCACACAGAUACUGUGUGAGACUGAAGACGUGCAUCUCCCUCAGCUCAAUACACGCCCGUGUUGCUCGUGGCAACAUCGUUUGGCUGAGUUUAACUCUGAACAUUGUUUCCUACGAUAUGAUUGGCUGUUGGCCAGCCAGCCUCUGAGGUACUGUACUCACUGAGUGAGAGAAUGAAUGAGCUUAGUCACACAGUUCAGCCGUCAUUCCAUAUAUAGUGCCCUACCCUUGACUAGAGUCUAUAGGGUGGUAGUGCACUAUAUAGGAGCAGGAUGCCAUUUGGAACGGAGGCAUGGGCUUCCAAUCCACUGUGGGCUUGUCCACAGCUCAUGUCAGGAGGAACUAUGUGACAUCAUCAUAUUUGUGGACGACAUGAUUUCAUUUGCACAGGUCACUAUGACCAAUUGAUGAAUGUUUUUAUUUAUAAAUGAGAUGUUUACUACGUGUUAUUUAUGUAUUAUUUAUGUUUAAUUAACUGUGUUUAUGCUGAACUAGGUAAUAAACCUGGAUAU